GAGAGCGCCUGGAGGCCGCCCCGGCGGGAGGGCUCCGCUGCGGCGCUGGAGGAGGAGGACGAAGACGAGGACGUGGUGGUUGAGGUGGAGGAGGAAGAGGAGGAGGAGGAGGGCGGCCUGGGGAGCGCCCCCCCGGCACUGGCCGGCCACGGCAAGGGCCCCCUCCGGGGGAGCCUUAAGGCAGCCAACAUCAAGCGUGAAAUGACCUUCCAUGCAUUUCAACAGGAGGAUGUAAAAAGUGACAUCAGUCGAAAACUGCCAGACCAACAAUUUCUCCUGUUCACCACAAAGGAGGAAGAUUUAAAAACAGCAGAGAUCAAAAAACUUAACAGAGCUCAUGAGCAUGAAAAGGAAAACACUCGUUCUGUUUGUCUUCUGGAACAGAAGCGCAAGGUUGUUUCUUCAAAUAUUGAUGUGCCUCCAGCAAGGAAAUCUUUGGAAGAACUGGACAUGGAUAAAGUAACAGCAGCCAUGGUACUCACCAGUUUAUCCACCAGCCCUUUGGUCCGCAGCCCUCCUGUCCGACCCAACGAAUCCCUGAAUGGAUCUUGGAAAGAAGGAGGAUUUGUGCCUUCUAGCACCAGCAGCAGUGGAUACUGGAGCUGGAAUGCUCCCAGUGACCAGUCCAACCCAUCCACCCCAUCUCCACCUCUGUCAGCUGACAGCUUCAAAGCUUUUCGGACGCCUUCCCAGGCAGAUGAUGGUAUCGAUGAAGGGGAAACAAGCAACCUUCUCUUUGAUGAACCCAUUCCUAGGAAGAGAAAGAACUCCAUGAAGGUGAUGUUCAAAUGCCUAUGGAAGAACUGUGGGAAGGUGCUGAGCACAGCUGCAGGGAUUCAGAAACACAUAAGGACCAUUCACCUUGGACGUGUAGGAGAGUCUGACUACAGUGAUGGAGAGGAGGAUUUUUACUAUACAGAAAUCAGGCUCAACACGGACUCAGUAGCUGAUGGCUUAAGCAGUCUUUCCCCAGUGUCUCCAUCUCUAGCAUCUCCUCCUUCCUUUCCCACCCAAGACACAAUCCGUCCUGAAACUUCCUGUGCCAAAACCGAGACGAAAGCGAUGACACCUCUGAGCCGCUCAGCUCCUACCAACCUCUACCUCGUACACACGGACCAUGCUUACCAGGCCACUCCUCCGGUGAACAUUCCAGGGUCAGCCAAAUUCACUCCCAAUGGCAGUAGCUUUAGCAUCUCUUGGCAGUCGCCUCCCGUUACCUUCACCGGCAUUCCAGUCUCACCAACCCAUAAUCGUGCUGCAGGGAGUGGAGAGCAGAAACAGACCAACACGGUUCUUUCAUCACCGCCUCGAGUAGCAUUUGGCUUGAGGAAGCCUAGAGGGGAGGGGAAAAAGUGUCGGAAGGUCUAUGGGAUGGAGAACAGAGAUAUGUGGUGCACUGCCUGCCGAUGGAAGAAGGCCUGCCAAAGGUUCAUCGACUAACCAUUGAAAUUAUGCAGAGGAUUUGGGGAGGGGGAGAACAACAGCAGAAGCAGAUUGCUGCAGCUGCGCUGUAUCACUUCCCAUUUUCCCCUCCAGUGAUGUUGGGGGUUUUGGUUUUUUGGGGUGGUUUUUUUGUUUGUUUGUUUUGGGGGUUUUUUUUGGUUUUUUUUUUUAAAGAGCUUUGUAUUUCAAAAUGAAGCACUUGUAGCCAAGGAGAAGCACUAAUUAAAACCUGUGUGGAGCAAUAGAGCAAAAAAAAAAAAAAGCAAAACCAAGACCACACAACAAAAUCUGUCUCAGUAAGUGUGGAAACCAGAGCAGCUAUUAGUGUUCUUCUGUAAAAGAAAGGAAAAUGUUAAUUAUUUUGCUAACUCUGUGAGCUGCUUGCUCCCUAGGAUCAUUUUUAACCAUUUCAGUCUUUCUGCUGUGAACGUCUGUAUUUGCUAAACUGAACAAUUUUUCUUUUCCUGAAACGAAGAUCUCUUUGAAAGCUUUCUAAUAAACACUUCAGAGUCAUAUAAGCUACAGUUUUCUCAACAAAAGCUGUACUAAGACUGGAGACUGCUAAAUAAUUUUCCUGAUACAAAUGAUCAUGAUUAUAUUUUUGAAAAGGGCAUGUGGGGAAGAGUUGGGAUUUUCAUUUGAUUGUUUAUAGGAGAAAAGCAAAGUUGAUUUUGCAAGAAGGACAAGCAGCACUCCUGGAAGUUUUUUAAAAGAGGCACAGACCAGUGGAGUGGAACAAAGUAAUUUAAGUACCAAAUUGGAUUUUGAUCCUCUAGAGGAAGAAAAGCAGCAAUGGCAAGUCACCAGCAGAUACUGUCACAAGAAGUCUGAGGGAAGAAAUACAGUGAUGCUUGAUUGAAACCCACAAGGAUAUAAGGGGGCUCCAGUAGCUUUUCUUAUUACUCUCCCCUUUCAGAGGGGGGGUGAACAGUUGGACCAGCACAGCUGUUGCUGCAGGAGGCCUGUGAAGAACUGGUAAAUGCAGCCACUAGGAUUAUAUGUAAUACCUUAUUCAGGGAAACGAUCCAGCCCAGCAGUUCUGCUUUUGCUUCCUUUUCUCUUAUUUCAAAGAUUGCUGUUAAGAUAAUGGUUCGUUCAGCUUUUUCUUUUAAAGUUACUAAGAUUUAUUUGAUGCAAAAAAUUGGUAGAGAAAAGAAAAUACCCUCUUUCCGCAACAUCAUCUCAGAAAAAGAAGUACAAGAGCAAAGGAGCAGCAUAUUUGUGGUAAAAGGCCAUUUCUUAACUCAUUUUGAUAGAUGAAUUAAUGAGUUUCUGUGUUUGCAGUACUUGGAUUGAUUUGGGUAUUUCAGUUUCUCUGUCCAUUAGGAAGUAUACACUGGAGUGCAGCAGCCUGGUGUUCUGUGUCCACUUGUAUCAAAUUACUGUUAAUUAAUCAUUAUUUCAAAAUGCAAAAUAAAGGAAGGAUUUACUAGGAA